AUGAAUAAUACUGGGUACAGCAAACCAGGAAAAACAUUUCUUUUUACUUCUGAGUCUGUUGGAGAAGGACAUUCUGAUAAGAUGUGUGAUCAAAUAAGUGAUGCUGUUUUGGAUGCGUAUCUUUCUGAAGAUCCUGACUCGAGAGUGGCAUGUGAAUGUGUGAUGAAGACAGGAAUGAUCUUCUUGUGUGGAGAGGUGACAUCAAAGGCAAAAGUUGAUCUUCUGAAAGUAGUCAGAGACACUGUGAAGAAUAUUGGAUAUGAUGACUCAUCAAAGGGAUUUGACUACAAGACCUGCAAUGUACUUGUGGCCUUACAACCACAGUGUGUCGAGAUUAGUGACUGUGUGUUUGAAGGCAGAGAUGAAGAAGACAUUGGUGCUGGUGACCAGGGUUUAAUGUUUGGCUAUGCGACAGAUGAGACAGAGGAGUGCAUGCCACUGACCAUCCUCCUGGCCCAUAAGCUUACUUAUAGGAUGAAAGAGUUGUCACAGAAUGGAGAGUGUCCGUGGAUACUGCCCGACUGUAAAUCACAGGUUACAGUAGAAUACCAUGAUAACAUGGGGGCCAUGGAACCUGUCCGAGUCCACACUGUAGUCAUUUCAGUUCAACAUAAAGUUGACAUCACUUUAGAGGAAAUCCGAAAGAAUCUAUUGGAAAAAGUGGUCAAGGCAGUUAUCCCAGCCAAGUACUUGGAUGACAGAACUAUCUAUCACUUGCUUCCAAGUGGGAAGUUUCUUAUUGGUGGUCCACAAGGAGAUGCAGGUCUUACUGGCAGAAAGAUUAUCGUUGACACUUAUGGUGGCUGGGGAGGCCAUGGGGGCGGGGCUUUCUCUGGUAAGGAUUACUCUAAAGUGGACCGUUCUGGAGCCUAUGCAGCACGCUGGGUGGCCAAAUCACUUGUCAAAGCCAAGCUAUGCAGAAGGGCACUGGUACAGGUCUCCUAUGCCAUUGGCAUAAGUCAUCCUUUAUCAGUCUCCAUUUUUCAUUAUGGCACGUCAACAAGAGAUGAGGAGGAACUUCUGCAGAUUGUUCAGAAUAAUUUUGACUUGAGGCCAGGGAUAAUAAUCAAAGAACUUGACCUGAAAAGGCCCAUAUACCAGAAAACCGCCAGCUAUGGGCAUUUUGGAAGAGAGGAAUUUCUAUGGGAAAAGCCAAAGAAACUAGAGUUUUAGUACUUCACUGAACAAUAUCAAAGUUAAGUCUAAUUACUAUUUGAUUUCAACUAUACAGACAGUAAAACAUAGAAUCUAAGGAAAAUUGGAUGAAUGUGUUUUUGUUUUAAUAGCUGCCCCAAUGAGAAGGUGUGUGGCUAUGAAGAAAAGAUUGAAAGAAAACUGAUGAUCUUUUCUAGAACUUUAAUUUUCUCUUUCCAUUUCACAGCUGCUAUUCCAAUUUUCUCUCAGUUCCCAGCUGUGGGGUUUUGUUGCUUUUGUUGUUGUUGUUGUUGCUGCUGUUGUUUUGUUUGUUUGUUUGUUUUUUGUUCUGGAGAAC